GAGUUUUGUGUAUGAGGUGAGCCCAGUUCGUGAUACCUUGCUGUCGAUGAGGUCCUUCGCUUCCAUUUCUCGUACCGGUGACUAGGAACGCACUCCGGCCAGGACACGCAGAGUAAGAAACAGAGAAGGCAUGGGUGUCGACUACUACAAGGUUCUUCAGGUAGACCGAAAUGCCAAAGAUGAUGAUCUCAAGAAAGCCUAUCGAAAGCUUGCCAUGAAGUGGCACCCGGAUAAAAACCCUAACAACAAGAAAGACGCUGAAGCUAAAUUCAAGCAAAUCUCCGAGGCUUACGAUGUUCUGAGUGAUCCACAAAAGCGAGCAGUAUAUGACCAAUACGGUGAGGAGGGAUUGAAGGGACAGGUGCCACCUCCAGGUUCCGGAUUUUCAGGUGGUACUGAUGGUGGCCCAACUACGUUCCGGUUCAACCCCAGGAGCGCAGACGAUAUAUUUUCAGAGUUCUUUGGGUUUUCCAGUCCCUUUGGUGGAAUGGGUGAUAUGGGUGCUCGUGCUGGUGCUUCUGGGUUUCCUCGUGGUAUGUUCGGCGAAGAUAUUUUCACUUCAUUUAGGAGUGGAGCUGGAGAGGGCUCUGGAAAUAUGCCAAGGAAAGGUGCACCCAUCGAACGAAACCUGCCAUGCAGUUUGGAGGAUUUGUAUAAAGGAACGACGAAGAAAAUGAAGAUUUCGAGGGAUGUUAUCGAUGCCAGUGGGAAGCCCACUACAGUAGAGGAAAUUCUGACAAUUGAGAUCAAGCCUGGUUGGAAGAAAGGUACCAAAAUAACAUUUCCUGAGAAGGGAAAUGAACAAAGAGGAGUUAUACCUGCAGACCUUGUCUUUAUUAUUGAUGAGAAGCCUCAUAGUGUCUUCAAGCGGGAUGGCAAUGAUCUUGUUGUCACCCAGAAGGUAUCUCUGGUAGAAGCACUGACGGGUUACACGGCACAACUGACAACCCUGGAUGGGCGGAAUCUUACUGUACCAAUCAGCUCCAUCAUUAGUCCCACAUAUGAAGAAGUUGUUAAGGGAGAGGGUAUGCCCAUUCCCAAAGAACCUUCCAAGAAGGGGAACUUGAGAAUCAAGUUUAACAUCAAAUUCCCCUCCAGGCUUACAGCAGAGCAGAAAAGCGGCAUUAAGAGAUUAUUGACAUCUCCAUAGACUCUGGCGGUAGCUCUCCCUACCACCAUGUUAACCAAAUCGUGUGAGAUUGCAAUUGUGCUGCUUGCUGAUUUUCGAUUUUAAAUGGAAAUUCUUGAUUUGGUGAACUGAAUUUCUUUAGAACAACAUUAGGAGUUUGAUAUUUGUUUUUGCUGCUUAAUUCUUCUCCUAUAUUAUUUUGUUUCUGGUCUUCUUUGAGCUUUGAGAAUUUUGUUCAACCACUUGUUUCUAUGGAAGUGUUGGCCAGAAUUGAA